AUGGCACGUUGGCCUCAGGCCUGGACCGCCAGACCGACAACCUCGCCAUCCUUCACUCUGAUCGCUUACCUCUCGCUUCUCAUCCACCUCACCUCAACCAUCACCUAUGCGCAAACUGUCGCUAUCCUACCCUCUACCGCCUCGUCCUCCUUUCCCUCCUGCGGCCUGACCUGCUCCAUCCUCCACCAAGCCCAGUCCGAAUGCUUGCCGCCAGCCGCUCCACAGACGAAUUCCGCAACCUACACCUCAUGCUUCUGCCUCUCGAAUAACCUCACCGAGCUUCAGACCUCCUCGGACUCGGCCUGCGACGACACCUGCCCCAACGCCUCCGAUCGCUCGUUGAUUCAGACAUGGUACAACAACUACUGCGCCCCCGGAGCUCCGCUCACCGAAUCCGCAAGCGAGACUCCCGCGGAGGGAAGCUGGCAGGCCCAUUCCGCUCAAUCCGUCACCAAGAUCCGCGCGUACAGGAGGAAUGACGCUUCUCAGGCUUGGUGGUCGACCCACUACAAAUGGGUGAUCAUGGUCAUCAUCCUGGUCGUCGGAUUCAGCAUCAUCAGCGUGGUGGGCGUCUGGGCGAAACGCCGUCACGAUCGGAAGUACCCGGGCCUGUAUCACGCCGCAGCGACCGGUGGCACUGAUAGUGCGUUGCUGGCCGCCCGCCAGCAAGAAGCCAGUCCCUCACCGGGGCCGGACCCCCGCGCGCCGGGUCAAUUCAUGCCCGGCCGGUAUGACCCCGCGCCGCAGAAUUCGGAAUCCAUCGCUAGCAGUUCACGCACCAACGUCGCCCCCGCCGCGGCAGCGGCAGCAACAGCUCCAGCUCCCGGCCCCCGACCAGCCCGCACGCCAUCCCGUCUGCAGAAGACGCAAACCGUCUCUGAAGGUGACACCGAAACUCGCGAGGUGGCUCGGUGA